AUGAUCUUUUAAUCUAUUAACUUAGGUAGGAUUUUAGAUAAAAAAUUGUAAAAAAAACUCAUUAAAAAGUUUUGCAAAUCAGAGGAAAAAAGAGGUUAAAAUUAAAAUUUUAAAAAUCAACACUACAUAAAUACUUUUUAAAAAGAUAGAGGCUUUAUCAUAGAAUACUUAUUUGAGGAAAAGGAUAGAUUUUUAUAAUCUAAUCUUGCUAUGAAUGAUAAAAAAGGAGUUUAAAUCAGAUUAAAACAUGAUAUUUAUGAGCUUUGGAACUUCAAAUGUUUUAACCCUCUAUUCUUGUUCGAAUAGCAAUAAAUAGUAGCUUAAUAAACAUCCUAAAAUAAAAUAGGCUAUAUAAAAAAUUUAAAUUUGUUAUUUUUUCUGAAUUUGCUUUUUUUAGGGUCUCAUUUCGAUAGAAGAUUUAUACCAAUUAAUUCGCUAGUACCUGUUUUAAAUCAACAAAAGAUAAAUAGCAAUAUAAAAAUGAAGAAAGAUGUGAUAGAAAACUAUUAACAGAUCAACAAUCACUAGUUACAGCUUAAAAAAAUAAAGAAUAUCUAAAACGAUUAAAAAAAUAGAUUACUUAGUGAUUCAGAUCUAAUUAGAAAUAAAAAUCUCUAUUAAUAUCAACUUUCUAACUAAAAUUUGUGCUAUUUUAAAUAUGAAUUAGGAUACCUAGCUAGAAAACAGACUUAAUACCAUUUUAUUAGUGAGAUUAUUAGUAUUGCUUUUAUAGGGUUUGAUUGA